AUGGCUCUUCGAACAUCAACGAAUCGUCGAAGUACUAGUAAUGAUGAAAGUGAGGAAAAUCGGCAUCAUCGUCAUCAGCAACAUCAUAAUGAAUAUGAUGAAGAAAUUGUUGAAACAGAAGAUGAUCUUAUUGAAAACUAUCGUUAUUUAACACAACGUUGUGGUGCAUUACGUCAAUCUCCAACAACAAAUGUAAUAAGUGCUAUUCAACAACAACAACAAAAGCAAAAACAAACGAAUCAAUCGUUAUUUUCACGUCAAUAUUCAUCUAUAAGUGAAACUCAUAAUCCUCCGUCUCAUCAUCAUAAUAAUAUUAAUAAUACAAACGAAUUUGAACGUUCAUUUUCUUCGACUAAACAUCGACGCUCACAUGUAAAUGAUUUAAAUAAUAAUAAUCAUAAUUAUUUAACAACAAAUACUCGUGUACCUCCAACGAUUUAUUAUAGUGAAACAGGUGAAGAUGCAAUUGGUCAUAAUCAAUCAUUUUCAUUAGUGAAAUUAUUUGCACGUAUGAAAGCACGUUUAAAACAUGAUAAACGUUAUCGUCCUCGACCAACACAUGAAUUACUUUAUGAAGAAGAUCCUCAAGAAUGGUAUGAAUUAACAAAAAAUGUUCGAACUGUUUUAACAAAAGCUCUUCUACCAGAUGGAGGUUAUGAUGCAGCAGCAAAUCGUGCCAAACUAAAUCAUACUCGACAAGGUUCACGUAAAAAAUCUCGUGAACAUCUUCCUGUUCUAGCAAAAGAACAUGAUGAUGAAGAAAAAAUUACGUUUGAAAUUGAUGAUGAAUUAAAUACUGAAGGUGAUCCGGAAUUUGACCAAAUUAUAUGGGAAAAAUUUAUACAUUGUACAAGAGGAUAUAAUUAUAGACGUGCUGGAGUUUGUAAAGCUAUUGAUCGACAAUAUUUUCAAGGACAAUUAGCCUUUUUCUAUGGUGUUGCUAAUAAUAUAUUAAUUGAUGAAAAUUUAAAAGCAUCUGGUUUAGGUUAA